CCCAGGACCAGUCGAGUCGCGUCGGCCAGGAGUUGCUAAAACCGUACCGUAUCCGACUCGACUCGUUCUCCGAAUCCUGAAACAAGUGAUCAUGCUCAAGAACUAGAAGAGCUCUUCUUAACUCCGUCAAAAUGGGUUUGAGAAUUGCAAGUGACUUAUUCGGCCGACAUGGCAUAAUUUGCAGUUUAGGUCUAACUUCUGGAUAUCGGAGCCGGAAGACUUUGUAUUUGAGAAGAGAUGUCUGCUCCCCAUCAUCUGCUUCCUGCCAUUCCCAUUUCUCUCAAGCCAGGUAUCCCGUGCAGAGAGAUGGAGAGAACACUGUCUGUGUCUUGAACUCAUUAUCAGCAGCACAAGAUCGGAAAAGUGCAAAAAAAGAGCCUCUGCUACUGAUGAACAAAAAUGUUGCAACAUGGUAUGCUUGUGGUCCUACUGUUUAUGAUUCUGCCCAUAUUGGGCAUGCAAGCUCUUAUGUCAGAUUUGAUAUCAUCCGUCGCAUCUUAGCAGAAUUCUUCCAGACGAGCAUUGUCAUGGUGAUGGGUAUCACUGACAUCGAUGAUAAGAUCAUAAAACGUUCACAGGAGCAGAAGAUAGAGGACUUCAGAGAAUUAGCUAGAUUUUAUGAGAGGGAAUUCUAUCAAGAUAUGCAAUAUCUUAAUGUCUUACCAGCGACUGUCUAUACCCGGGUAUCAGAUCAUAUACCAGACAUUAUUGCUUUCAUCAGUAAAAUCAUCAGAAAUGGCUUUGGAUAUACAACAAGUAAUGGUAGUGUGUACUUCAAUGUGGAUGCGUUCACACUAGAAAGAUACAACAAGCUUGCCAGUCAAGACUUAGAUGUUCAGCAUGAUGACGGUAAAGAGAUGAUUGAUCCUGAGAAGAGACACCCAAGGGACUUUGCUCUGUGGAAAGGAGUCAAGCCAGGAGAACCAUGGUGGGAAGCACCAUGGGGAAAGGGAAGACCAGGAUGGCAUAUUGAAUGUUCUGCUAUGUCGCAUGCCAUCUUUGGUGAGCGGUUAGAUAUUCAUACUGGUGGGCGAGAUCUAGCCUUCCCUCAUCACAACAAUGAGAUAGCUCAAUGUGAGGCUUGCUUUAACUCUGGUCAGUGGGCUAACUACUUCCUACAUUCAGGUCAUUUAUACAGGAAACAUGACAUUGAUAAGAUGUCCAAGUCCCUUCAGAAUGUUGUGAGCAUCCAAGAGUUCUUGAAGACUUAUACCUCAAACCAGUUCAGAUUCCUGUGUCUAAUGUCCAAGUAUGAUCAUGAUUUAGAGUAUGGAUCCGGUACAAUGCAGCAAGCUGUAGUACUUCAUAGACAAAUGUCAGCUUUCCUCAAUGAUGCCGAUGCGUAUGUCAAAGGUCAAAUAUGCUGUAGACCAUUUAAUGAAGCUGAACUCAUGCAAAGGUUGGAGAAUACUCAAGAUGAAGUGAUAGGAGCAUUAGCUGAUGAUUUUGAUACAAAGAGGGCACUAGACUGUAUUAUGAAACUGGCCCAUACAUGCAACUCAAAUUUCAGUCAAGUAUCGGAGGAGGCGUCAAGUCGCAGCCCAGGGGCAGUUGCAGCUGUAGCUACAUAUAUCAACCAAGUCUUAUCUAACUUAGGAUUACAAAUGUCUACAAGAUCAGGUACCCAUUCUGGUCAGUCAUCCCAAGCAAUGAACACUGCUCUAGACACUCUGGUCAACUUUAGACAGGAUGUCCGUCGAUGGGCCCUCACUGACCAAGAGGAUCAUGGGAUAUCGAGUGUAAUUCAGAGCAGCAAUGGGGAUUCUGAGGAAAUGAGGCUGAGAAGAAAGAAACUGAUGAAAGAGAGGGCUCCACUCCUCAACGCAUGUGAUCAUGUUAGAGAUACGCUAGCACAGAAUGGUAUACAGAUUAAGGAUCGGGGAGCAUCAGCCACAUGGGAAUUUGUAGAGAAAACAAAAGUGAAAACAGAGGAUGGAACAGACAGGUGACAAGAAUAACUCAACAGAGACAUUGAAUUGAUUUUGAUUGCAACAUGUAUAAUCCACACAGCAAGCAAAGCAAGCACAUAUAGAGAGAUCUUAUUUACAUGAGAUACAUUACAAACACUGCAACAUUGGCUAUAACAUUCAUGUUGAUUUAUAAUUGGUAUACUAUAGAGGUCAUUAAACGUUGCCACCCAGUUGCAACUACUAUGGUAACAAAGCUCAACAGCCAAUCCAAAACGAGGAUUCAAUGGAAGUGGCCAAUGGAUGGUGAAGUUUACCAUGCUUGUAUUUUCUGUGCAAUGAAGCCCAGAUGAAAUUGUAACUUUUUCAUUUUGCAUAUUGAUGUCCUUUUCUACUUUAACUUUUAUUUCCUAUGACAUGUACAUUUAAUACUGAAACAGCUGAUAAAAUAUUUUUAUUUUUAUUACAAUAGUUAAUACAACACUUUAUGGCAGUUGCUAAUGGUUUACAAUAAUGAAGAGAUUGGACUCUAAACAUUAAAUUACAAAAUUAGGGGCGUUUUGUAUAAUACAUACAUGUAUCUUUAUGAGUAAACUCUACCACCAAUGAUCUCAGAGCUCAGCAAGAGGGUAAAAAUGAAGUAUUAUUGAUAGAAAUGAUGACUAAAGGCUCUGUUACAUCAUUCUGUGCAAGCAUUGCGUGUGACUUGCGAAAAUAUUUCUGCUACCUACAGGUUGCCCGCAUUGACAGUAUCUGGCAUGUAUGUCACACGCAGUUGCCUUCAGAAGCUGAUUUGCACACAGAAAGGUUUUGAACAUGUUCAAAGCUUUGUUGCGGUUGAGUUGCGGGCAAUCACCCUCAACAAAGCAUAUAACGUUGUGACAGGGCCUUAAUUUUGAUACAAUGGGGUUUAUACAGUUCGAAGCAGUUGCAUGGUGGGAGGGGGAUGAUUUUUGGAUUGAAAAAAAUAUAUCAAAGAUUAUCAUUUAUAUGGAAGAAUUUGUCAUAUAAUGUACAUGUGAUUUGUUAAUAAAGUUAAGAAUAUCAAAAUAUACAAGUAAUCUGCUUUAUUUCUUCAAUUGUACUGUGAAUUUAUUUAACAAACGUACGUGUACUGUUUAUUUUCAAAUGGAAAUUAGGGACAAAAUAGUUUCUAUUCAAAUGGCUAGAUGCAAAAAAUUGAAAUACCGAUCUAUCACAAUAGUAUUGCAGAUGAAUAUUGCUAAACAAUGCCAAGUUUUACUUUUUGCUACUUAUAUAAUAGUCCUGUCAUUUUGUUCUAAUUAGGCUAGACUUAAAUAAAUUUUAACACAA